GAGAGAUAAGAGUGUGACAAGGCUUUAAACGAAGGGACCAAGAAAAGUCUUAAGUGAAAUUAAUUAUCGUAUUUAUCGUCUCUCGUAAACACGUAUCGGUUGUACAAGUGUUUAAAAGUGUAGGGCAAGGUUAUGCUUUUAUUUUGUUGUUCGUAAACAAGCUACAAAAAAAAUCCUUGGAUAGUAUCUGUGUUUCAUAAGUUGUUCAAGAAUUUGACCCCAAAAAAAUAUGGGUCUUCAUCAAUGGUACUGGGAAAGAGACGUGAUUGAGACCGACACACCAUCAAGACAGGAUGGAUUGGACUAUGCAACCGAGUUAUUGCACAGACAAAAGGGUGCCAGGUUCAUUGUUGACUGUGGCAGAGAAAUAACCAAAGUUUAUAAUACUUUUGCAACUGGUGUGGUUUUUUUUCAUCGAUUUUACAUGUUCCGUUCUUUCAAGACAUUUCCUCCGUAUGUGACUGCUGCAUGCUGUCUGUACUUGGCUGGGAAAGUAGAGGAAACACCAAAAAGGUGUAAAGACAUAAUAAAGACUGCAAAAGCUUUGCUCAAUGAAAAAGAUUUUGCCUCCUUUGGCGAAGACCCAGUAGAAGAGGUCAUGGCAAUGGAAAGAAUUUUAUUGCAAACGAUCAAAUUUGAUCUGAUAGUAUUUCAUCCUUACUUUUUCUUGAAGAAGUACAUCAAGUGCCUCAAAGCAAACAAAGAACUGUUACAAGAAGUUCUGCAGAUGGCGUGGAACUUUGUCAAUGAUAGUUUAUGUACAACACUGUCAAUCGAAUGGGAACCCGAAAUAGUGGCCAUUGCUAGCAUUCACUUGGCUGGUAAGUUGUGCAAGUUGAAAAUUUCAGGUUGGACUGGUAGAAUACCUGAUCAAAAACACUGGUGGGAUAUGUUUGUUCAAGAUCUAAACCUGAAUGUUUUGGAUGAUAUUUGUCACCGAAUUCUGGAUCUGUAUUCUUCAAAGGACAAACAAUCAAACUUGGUUGCAUAUGUGACGAAAGCCAUAAGUCAAAAAACUUCUGCCCUUGCUGAACCAACAACUCCACCAAAGGUUGAGUCACCAUCUCAGCAGUCGGCAGAGACAUCGAAAGUGGUAACCUCGUGGCCGCCAUUUCCAACAAUGCCACCUACGAACAAUCCAAUGCAGCCGUCUUUUACACUCCCAAACUUAACAGUUCCUCCACCGACGACGCACGUACCGUAUCCUAUGACAAAUCUCACUGUUCCUCCGCCGACACAUUUUCCUCCAGCAAAUCUAACAGUGCCUCCACCAUCAAUGAUGAACUAUUACGAUCAGUACAUGCCGUACUAGUUUUAUCGUAAAAUAGCUUCGUUAUAUUUUUAAAGAAACAUAAUGCUGAUCGUCUUACGAGAUGCAUGCAGUUGUGCGUUACAAAUAACCGUUUAAAAUAUUAUGUGUUGAUUUUAUUCAUUUUUAGAUUGAAUUGUAUUAUUAAAUCAAUUUUUGCAAUUCCGAUAGCGCAAUUGCAAACGCACUAUCACGAACUGAAAAUUUGGUGAUGGGUCAGAAAGACUUUAGCAAAAUGAACGUUUAUUAAUUGUUCCACUCACGAUGUUUGCGUGAUUUUUUUGUUUUUUUUUGUUUUGUUUUUUUAUAUUUGUUGUUUCAGAAAUCCAAACAUCCCCGAUCGUAUCUGUUAUAGAAAUUUAACCACACAAUCAUCAGUCAUUUAUUUAGUUGUUAAAGUUUUAUCAAUGUUUGAAUAUUUUAUUUUCCGCCUAUCUACUAUGUAUAUAAUUGUAAAU